CUCGCUCUCUUUCGUUCCCCACGCCGUGUCUUGGCAGCAUUAACUCGGAUUAUUCCUUCUCGGCUGUCACUGUAGCAAAUGUAACUCCCUAAUUAUUCCUCUCCAUAUGUACUUAGUGUCGACAAAAGGCAAGGCGAAGGUCACAGAUACAGCUUUCCUUCCUGGGCUCUGCUUCUGCUCGCGUCCUGCAAACAGAGGGCUUAGGUUGGAGUGUUCGAGCUUCCAUCCGCAAUAAGGAAUCGGUGCUGUUCUGUUCUUGGCAGUUGGGAUCAGCCAGCAGCUUGGUCAAGGAGCUACUUGUUUGCAGAGUUACUUGCCCUGACGGUGCUCACGUAUAAUGGGAUGUUUAGAGAAGAUGUUUAUGAAAAAAAUCGGUUUUUUUCCUCAGCCACAUUGGCAUUUAGACGAAGGGCAAGGUUGGAGGAAACUGUCGCUUGGACUCCGGAACAGCAAAAUGCUGGACAAAAGAUUGCAGGGAUGCCUGCUCCUGCUCGUCUUUCUUGUCACAAACGCAUCAGGGAGCCCUCCUGAAACCAUCGUCGAUUCAGAGCAAGCUCAGGCGCCGACCUUGUCGGACUCAGAGGAGCUCGGCCUCGAAGGCAAGAGGCGGUCGCUGGCGACGGGGAGCAGCGGCGUGUUCUGCGUGGCGCUGCAGGGCGCGGACCCGACGGCGCUGCAGGCGGGGCUGAACUGGGCGUGCGGCCAGGGGCACGCGGACUGCACGGCGAUCCAGCCCGGCGGGCCGUGCUACAAGCCGAACAACCUGCCGGCGCUGGCGUCCUACGCCUACAACGACUACUACCAAAAGAACGCCAACACCGGCGCCACCUGCAGCUUCAACGGCACCGCCACGACCACCACCACUGACCCCAGUUCGGGGCAGUGCGUCUUCUCGGGAAGCUCCGCGGCAGGAGGCACCACGCCGACGGCGAACGCCCCCAGCGGCCUCGCCCCGCCCUCGUCGUUCACGCCGGGAACGGGCGGCUCGGCCUUCGGCCCCACCGGCAAUCUUAUUCCUCUGAACAGCGUGGAGAGCGUCCCGUCCGGCGCCCGCCGCGCGCUCUGCGUGCUGCUGCUGGCGUUGCUGCUCUUCUUCUUUUGAUCAGCGCCUGGUGUAUAUUAUAUUGGAACAUGGGACAGGGAUUGCUAGAGUGUUACAGAAUACAGAUACAUGUUUUAUUCUUGAGUAGAAGGUCACUUGUGUGAGUGUACAUGUCAGAGUCGCAUUGGAUAUGUUGGGAGAUUACAUAAUGCUACACAGAUCGAUCAUUUGCGGACU